CUCCGCGAGUCGUGACGUAUCCAGCGGAUUGUUGAAAUCAAACAUAUUUUGAGAUACAAUCCAGAAAUCGUCGAAUUUUGUUCACGCGUCUCUAAGAAAAGCCAACAUUUUUUGGAUUUAAAAACAAAACCUGUGACUAUUGUUAACUAAAAAUAAAACCAAAAAUACAAAAGUGUUUUCAAAGGCUUUUUAACCAUACAAGUUAAAGAUUGAUAUAAGAAAUUCCCCAAUAUUUCUAUGAUUACAAACAAGUGCCAAGUGUCGACAAUCAAAAUAGUGUAAACAUAAAUACAAAACGACUAAAACACAGGAUAUGCCUUAACUGGGGAUUGAGUUUCACCUGAUUUGUAUUGCCACCUUUCGUAUAUAAUUAUAAUCAACGUGAUCACGCGCUCACACCAAGCCAAAGCAAAAGCAAAGAUCGGAAAAGAGAAGACACAGGAUCAAGUUUUUUUCUUCUGUUUUUAUUUUUUUUUAUUUUGGCGAAACCCAUAAUUUCGCUCUCUUCUUCUUCUUCGCGGGCUCCAUGGUGUCGCCGGCUUGACCGCCGCCUGCCUGCCUAUAAACAAAACCAAGACUCGAAGACUCGAAGAACCCCAACUCCAGAGAAGAAAAGCAACCGAAAGACUCUGCGAGAUACAACGAAUCCAGUUCUCCUGGUGCUUUUGUUUUGCUUUUGUUGCCUGCCUCGCGUUUAUUGUUUUGCUGCACAAGCCCCGGAAAAGAGAGAGGGGAUUCGAAAGGGGAAACUGGCCCCAAAACACCCGGGAUCCCGAUACCGAUCCCGAUCCACGUCUAUAUAGAGAAGGAAGGCCAACAGAACUGAAAAAAAGAACGACUAAGUUGCAUUGCAGCCGCGCCGCCGUAUAAAAAUCAUCAGCAUUGUUGUUGUUACUGUUGCUGCGCCUCUGGCCCACGUCGUUGUUGCUGUUGUUGUUGUAGCCAUCAGACAUGGCGCCGAAAUCCAGAAAGAAGAAGGCUCAUGCCCGUUCACUGACCUGCUACUGCGAUGGUAGCUGUCCAGACAAUGUGAGCAAUGGAACCUGUGAGACGAGACCCGGUGGCAGUUGCUUCAGUGCCGUCCAGCAGCUGUACGAUGAGACGACUGGGAUGUACGAGGAGGAGCGCACCUUUGGCUGCAUGCCCCCAGAAGACAACGGCGGUUUUCUAAUGUGCAAAGUGGCCGCUGUACCUCACCUGCAUGGCAAGAACAUCGUGUGCUGCGACAAGGAGGACUUCUGCAACCGCGACCUCUAUCCCACCUACACGCCCAAGCUGACCACACCGGCGCCCGAUCUGCCCGUGAGCAGCGAAUCGGUGCACACACUGGCCGUCUUCGCCUCCAUCAUCAUCUCCCUGUCCGUGUUCAUGCUGAUCCUGGCCAGCCUGUGCCUCACCUACAAGCGGCGCGAGAAGCUGCGCAAGCAACCGCGUCUGAUUAACUCCAUGUGUCACACUCAAUUGUCCCCGCUUUCCCAACUGGUGGAGCAGAGUUCGGGCUCCGGAUCGGGACUGCCACUGCUGGUGCAGCGUACGAUUGCCAAGCAGAUUCAGAUGGUGCGACUGGUGGGCAAGGGACGCUACGGCGAGGUCUGGCUGGCCAAGUGGCGCGACGAGCGGGUGGCCGUCAAGACCUUCUUCACCACCGAAGAGGCUUCCUGGUUCCGUGAGACGGAGAUCUAUCAAACGGUGCUGAUGCGUCACGACAACAUCCUCGGCUUCAUUGCCGCCGACAUCAAGGGCAACGGCAGCUGGACACAGAUGCUGCUGAUCACCGACUACCACGAGAUGGGCAGCCUGCACGAUUACCUCUCCAUGUCGGUUAUCAAUCCGCAGAAGCUUCAGUUACUGGCCUUCUCGCUGGCCUCUGGUUUGGCCCACCUGCACGACGAGAUCUUUGGAACGCCAGGCAAACCGGCUAUUGCACAUCGCGACAUCAAGAGCAAGAAUAUACUGGUCAAACGGAACGGACAGUGCGCCAUUGCUGAUUUUGGACUGGCGGUGAAAUACAACUCGGAACUGGAUGUCAUACACAUUGCCCAGAAUCCACGUGUCGGCACCCGGCGCUACAUGGCUCCCGAGGUUUUGAGCCAACAGCUGGAUCCCAAGCAGUUCGAGGAGUUCAAGCGGGCGGAUAUGUAUUCAGUGGGCCUGGUGCUGUGGGAAAUGGCACGUCGCUGCUACACACCGAUAUCGGGAACCAAGACGACCACCUGCGAGGAUUACGCCCUGCCGUAUCACGAUGUUGUGCCCUCGGAUCCCACCUUCGAGGAUAUGCAUGCGGUGGUCUGCGUAAAGGGCUUCCGGCCGCCGAUACCAACGCGCUGGCAGGAGGACGAUGUACUGGCCACCGUCUCCAAAAUCAUGCUAGAGUGCUGGCACCCGAAUCCCACCGUCCGACUGACGGCCCUGCGCGUCAAGAAGACGCUGGGGCGGCUGGAAACAGACUGUCUGAUCGAUGUGCCCAUAAAGAUAGUCUAGGCAGCAGCAUAGUAUCGUUUUAGGUUUGACCUAAGUUGCAUUUAGUUUUCUGUUUUUCUGUAUCUUUAUAAAUAGUUAGGUUCUAAUCAUAAGUUGCCUG